AUGGAUAGCUCCAACUGCUUGAAUAUCCUCAACAGAUUACCAAAAGAUACAUUAAAAGAAGCAAUUAUGAUGUCUACUCAUGAAGAAGAAAUACGAUUUCAACAGUUCUUCAAUCAACAAACAAACAUUAAAAUGCUUGAAUUAUCUGAAAACAGCCAAGUUAAUUUCGAUCAUCUCAGACUUGAACAUCUGAAACUUUAUCCAAAUUGUAUAAAUCAUUCAAGUAUUUUGCGGCACCAGCCGAGACUUCGUACCAUCGAUUUUUCAAAUUAUUUAAUUGAUGAUGAUACUUUUACGGCAAUUUGCGAAUUGAGAAAUCUCGAAGCAGCAAAAAUGCGCGUCGAUCUUAUUAUACCUUGUCAUGUCUUCGAAUCUCUUAAAAACCUCACCCAUUUAAAGGAACUUCAAUUAAAGUCUCGUGAAAUUCAUCAGUGCAAUCAUCUGCCCGAGCUUAGCAGGAUGCAUUUAAAGAUUGAAAAGUUAACAGUUUUAUACAACGAGGAAAAAAUUCCACCAGAAUUCUUCAUUCAAUUGAGCCAAAACUUCCGGAAACUCAAACAAAUUAGAAUUGACGAUCAACCGAUUGUUAUCAUUAAUAAAAUUUUGGAAAACCUUCCCAAUAUGGAGUCGAUUGUUUUCGAUUGCUACCACUGGUCAACAGAAGAAAAUACUUUGGUAAUUAGAGAAAAUCUAAGACAUGAAAAGCUUAAGGAAAUCGUUGUGACCAAUAAUUAUGACGAUUCUGCCGUUACCACAAGAUCGCUUCUUACACUUCUCAAUGCUUGUCCGAAUCUCGAGCGAAUAAUGCUAUCAAAGUUGGUUGAAGUUUAUCAUGAAGAUCUACAACAAAUUAUCAAUGAUCAUCCUAAAUUAACUCAUUUGAGUCUUCGAUUGAAUACUUUUUACUUUCAGUAUGAAACAAUUGAUCUUAUCCGCACAGCAGUAAGCAGACUUCAAUUUAUUGAAUUAAAAGGACUCGAUAGAUUGACUUACUUCCAAACUGAAUCAUCUCUAAAAGACCUGUUUGAGGAUGAGUUUAACAAUAUCCGUUUCAAACUAUUUAAAGAUUACACUUUAAACAAUGAUGGGAACGACUGGGGACGAUGGGAUUUUAUUUAUAAGGGCGAACUCAUCAUGAAGAAACGAAAUGUUCCCGAUUGGUCUCAGGAAAUUUAUAAAUCUCAACUUUUAUAA